AUGCCAAUUAUUUGUAUUUUAGAUUUAUAUGAAUGGAUAGUUAACUAUAGUAAUGAAGAGACACCAUCUAAUUAUACAAUAUUGCAUGAAAUAAGAAGGUGUAUUAAAAAUAAUUUAAAGACUCAGAGGCAUUGGUCAAGUACAGUAUAUGAAACAAAAAGUAAUAUAGAUAUAAAGUUUAAACAAAAAAGAAAGAAAAAAAAAUGUAAUAGAAUUAAAAAUAAAUAUUUAGAAGUUGAUAAAUUAUUUCCAAUAAUAAAAACAAAAAUAAAUAGACCAUUUACAUCAAAUUCAAUAAUAAAUUUAACAUCUUUCCCAAUGUUUAGAAGGUCUUUAGAUUCUAUUUUGUCAUCAUCUUCAUCAUCAGAUGAAUCAAAUUGUUCAAAAGAAAGUAUUAAUAAUAAUAAUGAUAAUAAUGAUGGAAUAUUUAUUAUUAAUAAUUCAUCAAGUCUUUAUUCUCUAGCAUCAUAUAUUGAGAACAUUUUAUUAAUAAAAUGUAGUAAAUUACCUCAAAAUUUAGAUAAUGAUAAAUUAUAUAUUGAAGCAAAUAUUCCAUGUUUUCUUAUUUUUUGGAAACAAUUUGAGGAUUGUAUAAAAUUUAAAAAUUAUUAUCUUAAUGAAUAUAUAUCAUUAUGGCAACAAUUAAGGGAUGUAUUAUUAUUAACAGGAUUGUCUUUAAAAUAUCCUACUUGGUCUGGUUAUCAAUUAUCUAAUAUUAUUAAUAGAGUAAUACCAGAAAAAAUAUUAUUAAAAGAAAAUUAUAAAUUAAAUAAUAAUAUGAAAUUAGAAGAUCCAAUGAUAUAUGGCUUUAAUGAAUUAAACUAUUUUUUUUUAAAUCAUCCAGAUGAUUUUUUUGAUUUAAAUACAGUUAGUAAACUUAUUCAAGAAGAAUUAAAAAAAAUUACAAAAUUAAUAAAUGAGAAGAAUGCAAAAAUUCCUUGUGUAGAUAUUGAAUUAGAUAUGAAUAAAACCUCUUCUAAUGUUAUAAUUAAUUCUAAUGAUUUAUCUAUAGUUCCAAAAUUAACUUCAAAUAAUGGUAAAUUAUGUAAUUAUAUUGAGAGAACAUCCUUAGAAUUUACAAUACCUGACACAAGAUUGGUAUCAUUUGAUGAUACAAUAUUUGAUAAUUAUAUAUUAAAUAAAGAAGAUCUUAAUAACUAUAUAAGAAGAUUAUCAGAUAGAAUAGGAUUAAUGAUUACAAGACAAAAUAUUGAAAGAGUAAUUAAUCACAAUAAAUUUCAAUAUAUAAGACAAUUAAAUAAUCAGAAUUCGAAUAAAUAUGAAUAUUCAUUAACAAUAUUACAACAAUGUAUUCAAAAACUUAAUAUAGUAGAUAAUAUUAUGAAAGAACAAUGUAUUUAUAAUGAUGAAAUAUUUACUAAUUUUAUUUCAAAUAUUGGAGAUUCAUCUAGAAAUUGUAUGAAUAUUGCUGAAAAAAUUAAUAAUUUAACUAUUAAUUUAUUAAAUAAUGAUAAUAAUAAUGAUAGUGAUAAUGAUAAUAAUAAUAAUAAUAAUGAUAAUAAUUUACAUGAUAAGAAGAUAUUUAUACAAAAAAGUUAUAAUAAAUCUAUAUUUUGGAGUUUUUUAUUUAUUUUUCUCUUCGGAAUAUUAUUUAUAAUUACAUCAAAGAAUAAAAUAAUUAUAAGUUCUAAUAUUAAAAAUGAUAAUAUAGAAGAUUUUAAAGGUUUAAAUUUUUAUGAAAAUAUUUGGAUGAGGAGUAGUGAUUGUCUAUUAGCAAAAUGGGAAUAUGAGGGUCAAAAUAUUAAUAUAUGUGAUGUUAUUGGAGAUAUAAUUAUUAUUCAUCAAUGUUUUACAAUUAUAUAA